UAUAAUGAAACUGAAAUGAAAAAAUCAAAGGAAAAGUGUGAAAAUGAGAGAAAAAUUUGUGUUAACGAGUUUGAUAGAAUAAUUGCUUUAAAUAUGGCUUUAAAUCCUUUGUGUAGAUUUAAAAGUUAUUGGAAUCCACAAGACAAUGAAAGGAAAAAAUAUUUGGAAAGUGUUGGAACUUGGACUGAACAAGGAAAGAAAAGCAAAAACGAAAAACAAUUAUUUGAAUUUAACGAAAAAGAGGUUGAUGCUAUUUAUUUUGAUGAUGCCAAUUUAAUUGAUGUUGAAAUUGAUAAAGAAAUAAAGCCAAUUGAGAAGGUGUGA